CAGGCCUAUCUACAACCGAAAAAGCAAAGUCCAGGUGGAAGAGGUGCGUGAGGUUAACGCUAGGAGGGGCUGUCUCUAGAAACAAACGCCAACUAAAAUUUUAUAAACCCUUUCAUUUCGUUUCGUUCCCACUAUCACUUUCUUUUCUUCACCGUUCGCUCUUCCUCUCCCAGACAAACACAUGGCUUUGCCCAAUCAGCAAACCGUCGAUUACCCCAGCUUCAAGCUCGUCAUCGUCGGUGACGGUGGCACAGGAAAGACAACCUUCGUGAAAAGGCAUCUCACUGGUGAAUUCGAGAAGAAAUAUGAACCGACCAUUGGUGUGGAGGUUCAUCCGUUGGAUUUUUUCACUAACUGCGGAAAGAUUCGAUUCUAUUGUUGGGAUACUGCUGGGCAAGAGAAGUUUGGCGGCCUCAGAGAUGGAUAUUAUAUCCAUGGGCAAUGUGCGAUUAUCAUGUUUGAUGUUACUGCCCGUCUAACAUACAAGAAUGUCCCUACCUGGCACCGUGAUCUUUGCAGGGUCUGUGAAAACAUCCCAAUUGUUCUUUGCGGUAACAAGGUUGAUGUCAAGAACAGGCAAGUGAAGGCAAAGCAGGUUACUUUCCACAGGAAGAAGAAUUUGCAGUACUACGAGAUAUCUGCUAAGAGCAACUACAAUUUUGAAAAGCCAUUUUUGUACUUGGCCAGGAAACUUGCAGGCGAUACUAACUUGCACUUUGUAGAAUCUCCUGCAUUGGCUCCACCAGAAGUUCAAAUUGAUUUAGCUGCGCAACAACAGCACGAGGCUGAGCUUCUUGCAGCUGCUAGUCAGCCCCUUCCUGACGACGAUGAUGAUCAAUUUGAGUAGGAAUUGUGCGUCUGUGGACCAUGUUACUUAGUUAAUGGUUUUUGUGUAUGCUACAAAAUAUGUUUUUGGGGUUGUAUUAUUGACAUUUUUUGACGUGGAUUUGAGGAUUUAAAUUUAAUCAUUGAGGUGUUUUGCUCAUGUUUGGUUA